GCUCCUCCCGCCAGACACCCUGGCCAGUUGUAAAAAUCAUCCUCUAAGAAGCAGCGCACAGAACAGUGUGUGUUUGUGGUGGGUUUACCUGGAGCAGAGAGGGGUCGCAAAAACAAGGUGGUGUGUGUUCUCGUCCCUGCUGGUCGGGGUACGAGUAGGGAGCUGGUCUCCCCAAGCAUUUUUCUCAUCUUAUCUCUUCAAAUAAGACCAAUAAUUCAAGAUGAUGAGUAAAAUGCAGGUGACUGAGGGAUGUGGUGCUGUGUCGAGGCGUGAGCAGGUGGCGGAGGUGCAGGGAUAUGUGAAGGAGUUCACUCGACACUCCAACGACGUGCUGCUGAACCUAAACGAGCUGCGGCAUCGAGACAUCCUGACUGAUGCCACGCUACUGGUGGGCAGUGCCCGUCUACGCGCCCACUGCGCAGUGCUGAUAGCGUGCAGUGGCUUCUUCUACUCCCUGUUCUCCCGCCACACAGCUGGUGCUGUUAGCGAGCGGGGGGUUUCCCUGUCCCUGCCGGAGGGUCUGGAGGCGGGUAGUGUGUCACUGCUGCUGGACUUCAUGUACACCUCCCGCCUUCCCCUGACCCCCAGCACGGUGCACGGGGUGCUUACUGCUGCCACCUACCUGCAGAUGGAACAUGUGGCAGACACCUGCAGAGCAUUCCUACAGAACAGUGAAGGGAUGUGUGCGAGCCCUCCUCUGGUGGAGCUGGCCUCCAGAAGCCCCUAUCUGAGCUCCACAGUGACCCUAGGUGGCAGAUCUCCUCCAGCUCAUCCAUCUUUCACCUCCUCCCCUUCCAGACCUGCUGCAGAGGCAGAGGAGCCUAGCCCUGCCAAAGCCAGGGUUCCUGAAGAGACAAUGUCCUCACUGAAGACUAUUCCCAGGCCUCAGACUCUGAAAGUGGAAAAAUCUUCAUCCUUCUCUCCCACCACUCCAUCUCCACACAGUCCAGCCCAGUCCAGUGGCCAACCCAAUUCACCAGCUGAGUCCAGUGGCUGCAGUAUCUCCCCUAAACUGAAGCUGCGCUCUGAAUCCAGACUAACUCCUGAUCCUAAGGCCUGUAACUGGAAGAAGUAUAAAUACAUUGUCCUCAACCCUCUCUGUGCUACACCCAUUAAAGAGGAGGAGUCAGUAGAGGAGCAGAAAACAUUUGACAACUCCCCCACAGACACCAUUGCCAAAGCAACAGAAAAGAUGAAUGAGGGACACAGCCUGUCUCCUGUCUAUGAUGUACCCCAGCCACAGACUGACUUUACCCCCCGCCAUGUUCUUUCACCACACACAGCGGAGACCUACAGGGGACCACUUGUAACUGUUUCCCAGGAUAACAAUGGCUUCUGCUCUCUGUAUCAGCACGCUUGUCCUCCUGUGCUAGAAGCUGCCAAACAGAACCCUUCGUUUGGGAAGCUUCAGAUCAAGCUCGAGAGCCACUCCCCUGUGAUCUGUUACUCAGGGAACCAAGGCAGCACUAAGCCUGCCUGCUCAGAUAAGCCAUAUCGCUGUAAUGUGUGUGGGGCACAGUUUAACCGCCCGGCCAAUCUGAAGACCCAUUCCCGCAUUCACUCAGGAGAGAAGCCCUAUCGCUGUGACACCUGUGGUGCUCGAUUUGUCCAGGUUGCUCAUCUGCGUGCUCAUGUUCUGAUUCACACUGGGGAAAAGCCGUACCCGUGCCACACCUGCGGAACACGCUUUCGCCACCUGCAGACAUUGAAGAGCCACCUGCGUAUUCACACAGGGGAGAAACCAUACAGUUGUGAGAAGUGUGAUCUGCGCUUCCGUCAUAAGAGCCAACUAAGACUUCACCUGAGACAGAAGCAUGGAGCCGUCACCAACACCAAGAUCCGCUAUAAGGUUCUGACUGACCCAUACCAGACCAGACCAGCUAUACUGCAGACCUGCUGAAGAACCCACACACACACACACAUCUGUUUUACACAGCAACUUGUCCAGUGCAGUUUUUAGUGGGGGAGCCUUCCUGUCUUCUUCUUUCAAUCAGGCCAAACUCUCUUUCAAAGUGUUAGACAUGAUUAAAUAUAUAAGUAUCUGAGAAUGUAGAAAAGGGUUCUGUAGAGAUGAUCAUGAAGAGAAGGGCAUGAAAAGUGUUAUUAUAAGUAAAGGGGCUUUAAGUCUAUUUAAUAUAAAGAGGUGGAGUGCAGCAUUCCUGGAAAGCACAUAUUAAAACACACACAAGCCUUCAAGAAAUGCUGUUCUCCUGCACUAGACGUGCUGACUAUAACUUUUAAUGCUUGUCACACUUUAUGCUUUAUUAUUUAUUUGAGCAGCUAAGUGUUCUCUUUCUUUCAAUUCUUAAUAAUGAUGUAUGUGGGAAAAGGCAGAAAAGAGCAAAGGAAAUUCAGUUAUUUUUAAAGAAAGAAGUGGCAAGGUACCUGGAGAUGUCAUAUAGAUGAACCAUGAGAAUAAGUUUAUUUAAAUCUAAUUAGUACUUGCUAAAUGAAAAUGGAAGUAUAGUAGAUGGUAUGUGCAGAGGUGUGUUAGGAGCUCAGAUGGUGAAUGAGGAAUGAUGUGAAGAAGUUGGUAUAUUUAAGUGGGGAAGUGAUUUUACAUAAAAUAGGAGAGAUCAUGGCCCGAAAAUAGAUGGAAUAGUAAAGUGUAAUGAAGGAAUAUGUAUGUUUUUUGAAAAGGAACAGUACAGCAAGUUAAUAGUGAAUUCUUAUACUGCUUAAUUUGUCAGUGAAGUUUAGCAAUGCAAAUGCCUUGCGAAAAAAAAAAUGUAAAAGUGAGUCAUAAGCCUGAAUCAAUGAGUAAGAGCUUUUGCUUGUUUGUCUGUAUGUCAAUAGGUCAAUGUCUGUCAUGUUCCCAUACUCACUGUGUGUUAAAUUGACAGAUCAAACAUAUUAUAUUUUAGAAACUUAAGCACUAACACAUUUUUUGCUCUACUAACUUAAAAGGCCUGGAGCCGGUUUACUUUGAAUGAGUAAUCCAACUCAAUAUGUCUUUAGGAGUAGCUUCUCCAAGUAUCCUCUAUUUUGUAUUAAUGGUAUUUUUGAUUGAGCGGAAAAGUAUAUUUUGUGGGUGGUUUUAUUGAUAGUCUAGGAGUCCAAGCAGGCCGAGGACUCAAACGAGCCAGACUGAGAGUAAAAGUUGAUGAUGAAGAUAAAGAUUUUGUUGACAUUGUCAAAUGUAACGUUCUUUUGCUGGACAAAGACAAGACCUAUUUUAUAUAAAUUAAAAUUAAAUUAAUUUCUUUUCUUUAAAAA